AAACAAGCAGAAGAUGCCAGCAAUUAAGCGUAGAAGAUUAGCAACAAUUAUGCUAAUUUUGUUCUAUAUCAGCAUGGAACAUGGAAUAUUCACGGUAGCCACAGCAUCAAAAGUCAAAACGAAAACAAAAAGUAAAUCCUUAACGACGGCUGCUGGAGGAGGAGGUGGAGGAGGCGUAGCAGGAGCAACAUCGGCAUCCGCAUUAGUGUCAGCUUCCGGAAAAUUAGCCGAAAAUAAAAUGGCCAAUAUAAAUGGUCAUCUCUUGGACAUGACAAGCUCGACACUGUCCUUGUCAAUGAAAAAGUUUGCAAAUUUACAUAGUCUGACAGCGGGUGGUGGCGGCGGUGAUGGUGUCGAUGUGGUGGCAAUUCAAAGUCCUGCCAAUUUUGCUGCAGAAGCCGCGAAUAGACACCAUCCACGCUCUAAACAAAGGCCAUUGUUGAGCAUGAACGAGAAGAGCCAGCCACAAACAUCAAAACGCACAUUGCGUCAAAUUUAUGAAGCCAAUGAUGUAAGGCAAGACUUGGCUUUGUAUGACACUCGUAGACAGCAGGAGCAGGAGGAUAAACAAAAGUUUCCCAAUGCCAAUGAUUUAUCAUCGAAACAUAGACGAAGGCAGACGGAUAAAUUUCCCAAAAAGUUUCGCUUAUUGAGAGAUGUUAUGCAUGUAGAAGAGCAGCCUAUGGGCGAUGUGAUUGCUCUGCAGCAUACCGAGGUAGAUGAGGAGGAGAAUGAUGAGAACCGCCUACCUUUGAAUCUACAACAGCUUCAUGAUGUUCGAAAUAUCUCCAAACAUGGGAAAAUUUCAAAAAUUCGAGCCUACAAUAAUUUGCAUGUUUUCUUUAAGCCCACGGCCAUGGGAGCCCUGGGGGGGAAUACCCAUUCCAGCAGCACCAACUCGCCCCAUAGCAUUAAGACAACCAUAGCCGCCAUCUCCACAACUAUCGCUCCCCCCAAGAUCACCACAUUUGCUUCUCACGUUUUUGGUUUAUCACAUACCACGGUGGCACCCACAGCUUAUAAAACUCACAAAGUGCAUGAAAUGAAGAUGGCGGAAAAUCUGCUGGACUCGGUGGACCCAAGUUAUCAUCAUCAUCAUCAUGGCGAGAAUGCAAAUGCAGAACCUUUAAUUUCGCUAUUGGGUAGAAGGCCGCCUAUUGCCAAGGAGAGCAUUGAUUUGGAUAUGAACGAUAUAAAGGAGGAGAGGGUCAACGCAAAGGCAACAACCAGCAACCAAGACAAAAGCCUCAAUGGCUUGGCUCAUGGCAAGGAUAAUGAAAAAGAUGCCAUAAAAGCAGCGAUAAUAGGUGAAGUGGGUGACUAUCAGCUGGCAGAGGAUCAGGGUAAGGAUGCUGGUGAAGAAGAGCUAGAUGAGGACGAGCAUGAUGGUGAUGAGGAUGUUGGGGCAGCUGCUAACAAUGCCGAUGUGGAUGAUAUCAAUGGUUUUGAUGCCAGCGAGGAUAGUGAGGAUGAGGACCCAGACGAUGAUGAUGAUGAUGAUGAUGACGUCGAUGGAGAUGGAGAUGACCAGCAGCAGGUUUUGGACGAUGAUGAUGAUGAUAAUGGCAACAAUGAAAAUGAUGGCAUGGAGGAUACCAUCAACCAGGAUGAUGAAAAUACCACCCCUCUUAAGCAACCAGACAACAAUGCCUUGCAACAGGAAUCAGAAGCAAAUGGCCACGAUACCAAUGAUGAUGAUGGUGAUGAUGGCGAAGUGACAGAUGAUGUCUUCGACAAUGACUACAGUGACACCGAUGAUGUCUUCUCCGAUUUGUCGGCCUAUCAGAAUGAUGAGGACAAUGCUGACACUGACGAUGGUGAUGACGAUGGCGAUGGCGAUGCCAAUGAUGCUGAUGAUGAAGAUGUUGUCGAUGAAGACCAAGUCAAUGCUGCAGAUGAUGAGGGUGAUGAUGACACCACCACUUCAAGUCCAUUAUUGGGCCAUAAAAAAUUCAUUGCCAACACCGAAGAUGAUGCAUCCUCCGAUAGCCGACCAGGCAAACGUCCCUAUAACAAUUUCACUGAAACCUACAUCAAGGAUAAGAAAAAUGAAUUGUCAUUGGAUAAUUAUCUAAGGAAAACACUACCCAUGUCGUCGGUGGUGGUUAUGGAUCCACCUCCUAUGCCCACACCUCCCUCGGUGGAGGUGCUGAAAUCAGAGCUCAAUAUACCCAUAACAAAAAUCGAUCAAAGUCUUUUGGUGGAUUUUCAUGUGAAUGCCAAAAAUCAUUCCAUGUCCUUGGAGGAACAGGAUUUGGAUUUUCUGGCCAACAAUCUGUUGAAAAGUGCCAACAACAAUAAUGAUACCCUUACUUUGGAAUCCACCAAAGAUUAUCCCUCCAUAGAUGAUCCCAACCAGGAGCCUCAAAUAUCGGCCAGCACCAGUGUUGGUGGCAUCAAUCUGGAACAUCAACCCCAAGGCUCUAUGUAUGAAAAGGAGGAAAUUAAUUUCAACGACUCCGAUGAUUCAGCCACUCUGUCCAAAGAUCUUACCAUGGAAGAUGAUGGUUAUGGCACCAGUGAUAAUGCCCAUGCCAAUGGCUUCCCAUUGACUGAUGCUGAAACGGAUAAUGAUUCGGAGAUUGACACCUUGGGUGUAGACAUUGCAGCCGACUCUGAAUCGGAGGAUUCCAAUCCAUUUCUCGAAGGUGUGGUGGAUGCUGCCAAUGCCGAUGAAAUCUAUGAUUGGGAUGAGAUAUCCCGCAGCAAUCGUCGCAAUUUGAUGAGAGGUCGUGAUGUGGUUACCAAAUUUUUGCAAAUCGUUGAAACUCAACACUCUUUGGGUUCCAACUGUGAGGCGGGAACUUCAUUGAAUUUAGGCGAAGGUGUUGUCGACCGCUAUGCUCAGGAUCGUUUUCGCAUUGAGGCUGAGGUAGCGGUGAAUCGAGCGAAUAUGUUGACCAGAAUUUUUAAAAUGACUUCAUCAGCAACUCAGGCAGAAAUAAAUCUACUCCAUGCAUCCGUGUUGUCCAUGGUCGAAUUCGAUGAUGACAUUUUUGCUGCUGGCCAUUGUUUCGAUUGGAACGAGCACCCAUCGCAGGCGGGACUUUUUUGUCCGUUUGCCUAUCGAUUGCCACCACCCGAUUUGGGUGCCAUAUUGGCCAAAGAUUUAGCCAUGGAAUAUCAUUAUUUGGGCAAUACAUCAGAAUGGUUUUUUCAGGCGCGUAAAAAUGCUGAAAAAGUGAUAGCCAGAAAUGAGCAGUACUUAAAAGCCUUUCACCUCUACUCGAACAAGACAGAUGAGCGUAUUGAGGACGACACCUUGGCGGUGAAAUAUGAGGAUGGUCGCUGGUCUAAGCCCUACUACGAUUGUGGGGGUGGCAAUAUUUGGAUGUUGACCUAUACGGUGCCCUUUUUCGGCUAUGAAAAUGCCACUUAUCAUUUCAAGGGAACUUCAGGCAUUGAUAUUGAUUUGCGGCGUGUAGACAUAGAUCAGUGUCCACAACGAAACAUUCCCGGUUCUACGAAGCCACUUAACAUUUUCGCCGGCACCGAUAAGUGUAAGCAGCGCACAACCAUGUGUGAGGCCAUUCAAGGCUUAGGCUUUCGACGGGGCUCCUAUAAAUGCGUUUGCCGCAAAGGCUAUUAUUUCCCGGACACAACAAGUCAUCACAAAUAUUUCAAUGGCAGUCUACUCGAGGAGGAAUAUGAAAAGCUAAUGUUGGGCAAAAAUUCCACCUACAAUAUCUUGAACGAAUAUGAAUGUUUACCCUGUGCCGAGGGUUGUGAUUCCUGUGAAGAUAGUUCGCCCUGCAUAGCAGCGCUCAACUGGCCAAUGCGUACGAGCAUUUUGGUUCUGGCCUGCAUUGUAAUUGGAUUACUGCCACCAGCAGCAUGGUUCACAUUCCGUUAUCAACAAGUUAAGGUUGUACGUGCUGCGAGUCCUGCAUUGUUGCGUGUUAUUGCAUUGGGUGCCUUUUUCAUCUAUUGUACGAACAUUGUAAUGUAUCCCAAUCCAAAUUUAUAUACGUGCACAGCACGUAUAUGGCUAAGAGAAAUUGGAUUUUCCCUAACAUAUGGAGCAUUAAUGCUGAAAACAUGGCGGAUAUCGGUGAUAUUUCGUGUGCGCUCUGCCAAAGCUGUUAAAAUAACGGAUGCUGCUCUGCUCAAACGUUUGGGUUGUAUAUGUGGCGCCAUAGGAACGUGUCUGCUGGUUCGCACCCUAGUCUCACCGCCCGAUGUGGUUGUGGGCCGAACGGCUGAUGAUCUGAAGGCAUUUUUAUGUAAAACCGAUUGGUGGGAUUACACAUUCACAUCAAUGGAGGUGGUGUUUUUGGCCUGGGGCGUUCGCCUGUGCAUCAUGGUACGCAAAGCUCCAUCAGAAUUCAAUGAGAGUCGUUUCAUCUCGAUGGCCAUCUAUAAUGAAUUCCUAUUGACCUGCUUCUUGAAUGUAUCCAUGCUCUUCCUGCAGUCUCCUGCCAAUCCAGAUUUAUUAUACAUCAUAUUUUUCUGUCAUACUCAAUUAACUAUAACUCUACUACUGGCCUUAAUAUUCGGCAGCAAGGUUUAUAUUGUCCUGCGUAGCGGUAAAUCACAUCAGGAGAACAUUGGUAUGGGGGCCAAGUCCUCGGGUGCCAAAUUUAACUUUCGCCCUCAAGUGCGGACUUUUGCUAAUCCCAGUUCAGUGACAACGUCCACCGUGCCUGUGGCAGCCACCACCUCGGCAGAAAAUAAACUAUCCGACCAGGAAGCAAUGGAGGAAAUACGCCAGCUCAGUGUGCAAUUGCAGCGUAUACAGGAAAUGGCGCCACCCAAAGGAGUAGCCGUGAUGACCAUCUCUAGUUUGUUGGAUGGUCUCAAGACCCCCGGCAGCAUGGUAAUGGUGGCUGCGGCAGCCUCUCAAGCAUUGGCCGGCAGCGGAGGAAAUCAAUUAACCGUGCGGCCCAACAAACCGGAAGCCUUGCCAUUGCUCUCAUUGAACAGCGAAAUGCAAAAAUACACACAAAUGCAGCAGCAACAACAACAACAAAAGGCAGCAACAAACAAUAAUGUCACGAGCACCACCACGGCCCCCAUACCAUCCACCAAGGUAACAAUGGCCACCCCCUCAGCGAUCAGUGUUGUGCAUGAGGAGAAAGCCAUUAAUACCGACCUAACAGGAAAUUGUGUGGCCGAAGCGGAGCUCAAACAUCAACAUAUCAUUUGCGACCGUUGCUACGAGCGCUGCAAGGGCAGUGAUGAUGACCAGCCCCAUGCCUGCCAUCAGUUUAGUCCACAUCACACUGCCAAAGCCGCAGGCUCUGCGGCUCCCCUCACCAAAUGCCAACUGUUGGGCUCACCACCUGCCGAGGGAGGUUUAACAUUUAAGGACAUUAAGCUCGAGUGCAUGUGCUCGCAGUCCGAUGACUUGGAUCAAGUGCCCACUCGAAGGGUGGCCAAAAGGACGGCAGCCACAAAUACUCCACCACCACCGACGGGUGGCAUGCGGGGUCGCAAACACAGCUCCCGACACUAUCGCCACAAAGAAGGCAGCAAGGCCUUAAGCAGCUCCAGUCUGCCGUGCGAUGAUGAGAGCAGCCAAAGCAUAACAGCCUUGGCCCUCACCCAUCAGCCCUCAAGUAGUUAUGUAAGCCAAAGACAACAACAGCAACAACAACAACAACAACAAAUUUGUGAUAAUUGUAAAAAUAAAUUUAAAAAUUUGAAAGGUGGCAAAACGGCCACCUCGAAACAGCAUAGAAAACUAAGUAGGCUAAGUUCCAAAUGCAGCAAACUGCUAAGCGACAUUGAGAAUUCGCAAAGGAUUGCCAAGGGUGCCACACCAACAACGACAGCCUCAUCGCAACAUUCUGCCGCCCCGGCAACAUUGCUGCAUCAGCAAUCAAGGCCUGUGGAGGGUGGCGAAACAAGUUCCAUGCAAAAACAAUACUCCACCGAUGACAUAGUGUUUUAUACCACCACAGAUUCAAGUUCAUCAUCCGAUCAGGACGAUGAUGAUGAUGAUGAGGACGAUGAUGAGCGGGACAACGAAGAUAGGGCUGCCGAUGCUGAUAUCGAUGAUGAUAAUGGAGAUUUUGGGCAAUGCCCAAGGCAUGUGAAAUCUCUGGGCGAGGAUUCCACCUCUAGUGUAUCGCAAAGCCGAAGCGAAUCCAAAGUCCAGCCCAACACCAAAGCAACUGAAGAACUGCCCGUAACAACAACCAUAUCAAAAUCCUUGGUUAAUAUAACUUCCAGCUCCAAGGCAACCCCCAGUGCAGUGGCGGCAAGUGUGGGUGACAGUAAUGCCAGCUCAGCCCUAGGAAAUGCCAAUAAUGCCUUAUUAGAGACCAAACCGAAAGCGGCGUCUACAUCUACGGCUGCAGCUUCCAGUACGCCACCCAUGCAGCAGCAGCAGCAGCAGCAACAACAGUCUCAAACUGCCAAUGGCAAUGGCAAGACCAAGAGGCCCGACAAAUUGGUUCUCAAUCUUAAUGAUCGCUCGAAAUUCACCAAAGAAGUUUCAGUCUGAGAGAGUUCAUUUGGCAAUGUUUGGUUUAAAUUGUUGUAAAUAUUUUUUUUUUCAAAUUCCAUAUAAAAGUUUUUUUAUUGAUUUAAAAUUUUUGUACAUAAUAGGAAUUCUAGACAAAAGGGAGGUAU